CGGUUGGGAGAUUGCCUAUGUUACUGGUCCUGUUAUUUGGCUUGGGCAGGAACGGGUGUUUUUUCAGGAGGGAAACUUCACCGGGCUUUAUCCCGAUUUAAACACGACUAAUUCAUCCAGUUAAAAAAAUACGAGUCGUUAUAGCCAUAUUGAAAGGAUAGUCUUGAACGGACAUCAUCCAUUUUUUUCCCCCCGUGAUUGCACGUUGGCCAAUAGAACGGAUGGUAAAGGCGGGUUACCCACUCGACGAAGAAUUCUAACAAGUCACCCCGAUCUCCGCCCCCUGUAUUUCCAUCUUUUCUUCACGCGAACAACGGGGAUUUUGGCCUGGUCUCGGAGAAGCAGUAUAUCCUUCGCAUCGGACUCAUUAAAGAAAAAAUCUUCAUCCAGUUCAAGGAGCCCACCAGUCAUGUCUGGCAUUGCAUUGAGCCGGCUUGCUCAGGAGCGCAAAGCGUGGCGGAAAGACCACCCUUUCGGCUUUGUGGCUGUGCCGACGAAAAACCCAGAUGGAACGAUGAACUUGAUGAACUGGGAAUGUGCUAUUCCUGGGAAGAAGGGGACCCCAUGGGAAGGAGGCUUGUUCAAACUGCGGAUGCUGUUCAAGGAUGACUAUCCUUCCUCGCCACCAAAGUGUAAAUUUGAGCCUCCACUCUUCCAUCCUAACGUAUAUCCGUCAGGCACAGUAUGCCUAUCCAUUCUAGAGGAAGACAAGGACUGGCGACCAGCCAUCACCAUCAAGCAGAUCCUAUUAGGAAUACAGGAACUCUUAAAUGAGCCCAAUAUCCAGGAUCCAGCCCAAGCAGAGGCAUACACAAUUUACUGCCAAAACAGAGUAGAAUAUGAAAAAAGAGUUCGAGCACAGGCCAAAAAAUUCUCCCCUUCAUAAGGGUGAAGAUAGUUCGGCUUCGGCAGAAGGAAUGGAUCAAACGUGGAUCACCGCCCCUAUUUCUCUAUGAAUGUGCCCCUCUCACAUCGGGACUCGCUUAUAAGGACUUCUAUUUAAAACUCUUGACAGGCAUUCUGUGCCAUCUUCUACUCUGACCACCCCCCCCCCCCCCCCCCCCCCCCCCCCCCCCCCCUUUUUGUUAAACUGCUGGGCUGGUGUGUGGCGGGGGCAAGGAGGAAAUGGGUGCCGUAGCACCCCGGCCGCUUCCUUUUAGCUGUAUUACUUGUCUUAUGGUGCGAGGGACACGGCAAAGUACCGGUUACACCAUCGACUCAAAAAUAAUCCGAUCUUCAUCCUCUUUAAAGGAAGAGAACGUCUUAGUUGUCUUUAGGUUUUUUUGGGUUGUUUUUGCUCUCAAAUAUGGUCUAUUCCUUAAACCCCUCCCCUCUCAGAUUUCCAUGAUUUUAAUUAUGUAAAAUGUGCUAAUUACUUAAUUGUCAGUAUUUCAACUGCUGUAUAAUGAAUGAAUGGCACUUUUAUACUGUCAUCUCACAUUUGUCUCUAGUUUGCUCUGUCUGAUUCUCUUAUGCAGGUUUUCUAUUCGGCAUGCUGUAAUAUAAGAAAGUCUGCUGUCUUUUUGUUAUUUGGAGUGUUUGCUAUGAAAAAAGAAAAUGGCCACAUUGACUCGCCAGGCAGGUAGGCUUACGUCUGUAUCAGUCUUUAUGUUUAUAUGGUGCUUUGUUCAUGUAUGUGUUAGAGUAAAUAAACUGUUUCUAUAAAGCCA